AUGAAGCGCUUCGGCCUCAAGAAGUCGUCCGAUGGCGGCGACGACGACUCAUCCAACCGCCUUGCUCUCUUCGGAUCCAGAUCUAAGAGCAAGAGUCCUGCCCCUUCCUCGAACCCUUAUGCAAAACCCAUCCCCGCGGACCCUUAUACGAAAGCGAAGGUCAAUGCCGGAGUAGCGGCCCCGCCUCCCAACAUGCAGAUGCCCAGUGACCCCGCACCGAGUAGCGGAAUACCUGGGGACAACAAGUAUCAGAUUCCCGGCGACAACAAAAACCAAGGCUACGCACCCAACUCAUAUGGCAACCAGGGUGGAUACGGUGCGAAUCGUUACGGCGGCAGCGCGGGCGCUGCUCCCGCAUCUCGAUACGGACCUGGUGGCUAUGGUGGGCUGGGCAGCUCCGAUCCUAACGACCCCUCCGCCCGUGAUGCCAACAGAGAUGCCCUCUUUGGAGGUGCUAGCGAAAGAGCCGCAGCACAACAGACCAGUGCCCCCCCUCCUUAUUCCGAGCAGCAGCAGCAGCCUAGCGGGUAUGGAGGUGCUAGCUCCGGGUAUGCGACCGGUACAUAUCAGGAGCGCCAACUCACAGCUGAAGAGGAGGAGGAACAAGAGAUCCAGGCUAUCAAGCAGGACAUUCGCUUUAUCAAGCAAGGCGAUAUUUCAUCCACUCGCAAUGCUCUCCGCUAUGCAGCGCAAGCCGAAGAAGCAGCUCGAGACACUCUUGCCCGCCUCGGCGCUCAAGGCGAGAUGAUUCACGACGCAGAAACACACUUGGAUGCCGCUGGUGUCGAGGGACGUAUCGCAGACGAGAAAGCUCGGGAGCUGAAGACCUUGAACAAGAGUAUGUUCGCCGUACAUGUAUCCAACCCAUUCACCAGUGCCUCGCGCAGAAAGGAACGAGACGAACGGAUCAUGAGCACACACCGACAAGAGCGUGAUGCGCAGGCGGGCACCCGGAGCGAGGCGUUCAAAACCAGCCAGCGGAUGGAGCGUACGUUCAGGGAGAUUGAACGCGAAUCAGGACGGGCCCCGAAGCCGAAGAAAGCAAGUGUCACAGAACGUGCCAAGUACCAGUUUGAAGCGGACAGCGAAGAUGACGCGAUGGAGGAUGAACUCGAACAAAACCUCAACUUGAUCUCAGGUGCCACAGGUCGACUGAAUCUUCUAGCAAAGGCACAGGGUCGCGAGCUCGAUGAGCAGAACAGACAUUUGGAGCGCAUCAUGAACAAGAGCGAGAACGUCGACGACCAGCUUGCUAUGAACCGUGCCAGAUUGGACCGCAUCCGCUAG